AAUCUUUUGAUUUCUUUCUUUUUGUCUAAUUUCCAAUGUUUGUAUGUCAGAUAUCUUUAGAAAGCGAUGUUCCACCUUCGUAAGAAACACCAACUGAAUUCUUAAAUUUCAAAAUAUAUUCAUUUGCCGCUUUGGGAUUGAAAGUCGGUAGACUGGAUGUACAUGGAGAGAACUACAAGCUAUGAAAGGAGUCAAGACACAACAGCUGGACGUGUUACAUGGCUGCUUGAAGCAUAUGGAGUUGCUGGUCCGAACAAGAAAUUGGCAUUCCAAUAUACAACGUGGCUUCAAUUCUUUCUGUUUUUCAGGUGUUACUUGGGUACUUAGAGCGUAUGGAUUUCGUAAACGGAAUUUGAUUGGUAGUCUUGACGGUCAUUAUGGAUUUACCUGCAAACAUUGGCUCAUAGGUCCUGCCAAUAGAGAUUUUAUCUCGUUUGAGAGAAAGAGAGUUUUAGAGAAAAGUCGCAUUAAAAAUUUGUGUCACAAGCAAUGUUUACCGCCAACCAACUAACAAAGUUAAAAGCUAACACUGGUAUUAUCCAUUCUCCCCAUUUCAAUGUACAACACUAUACUAUUCAUUCAU